AUGAAUCUACCGAAAUGUAUACCCAACUUAAUUAUGUCGUAUAAACAAAAAUGUAAAACUGUUUGUCAUCUAAUGACCACUACUUCCCUAUUAUUAAUAUCACCUUCACCGUUAUCAACGAAGUCUGAUGAAAUAAACAAACCAAACGGUUAUAAAAUACUAAUGAAAUCAUCAUCAGUUCGAUUACGAUUAGAUAAUUUACCAACACGUGUACAACAAUAUUUUAAUUUUACUCCUUCUGAUAAACCAUCUGAAUUUAUUACUGUAUUGUCAAGUGAUAUACAAAAAGUGAUUAGGAAAACUCAUUGUUCAGUCAACUUUAUUAGUGAUGAUUUACAACCUCCGUUACUUCAACUGAUUUCCAAAGAUGAUACAUCAAGUGUCAACAAAUCAUUACGUAAAUAUGGGAUUAAUUUGCAGGGGAAAACUCGAGUAAAAGUGAUUGAAUUUAGUUCUAAUAUAGACGAUAAUAUGUUUAGAGUCCGGGUGAAACAGGCAGAAGAUUUUUUACAAGCAGAUCAUUUUGUAGUUAUAAUUAUUAAAUUGAAACAUCUUAAAAAAUUAUUGUCGAAAAAAAAUAUACAGUCUACGACUACGAAAGCGGAUGGCGGUGAACAGCAGUUGCGAAAUUUGGGGAAGGUGGAAUAUGAGAAAAAUGUUACAAAGUACGCUAGAAUAUUUGAAGGUAUACCUUAUUGUAAAGUACACAAUAUUGAUCGACCGAAUGUGUUAAAUGUUGUUAUGACUCUAGAACAGUGUUUCUCACAGUGGUAUAGGUCUGAUAUUGGUAGACAUUCCUAUAUUUGUAAAUUAUUGUUUGGUAAAUCACAAGAUCCAUCAGAAUUCAUUUUUGGAUUAUUUUCUGAAAUAACAUGA